AUGGAAAUUUUGUUUGUUAAUAACAUUGAUGCACCAUCAGAACAUCCUGAUGGUGGUAUUUGUAUUAACAUGAAUAUAACAAAUGCAUCUCAAAUUAGUGUAGAAUUAAGCAACAUUCCUUUUGAUAUUAAAUAUAUGAACCAAAAUUAUUGUUUCUCGAAUGAUAGAAAUACGCUUUCAUUUAAUGGAUGUUUACUGCCACCAAAUACUAGAGAGGAAUUAGAUGCAAUGACUAAUGCAUUUUCAAAAUUUUUAACUGGUGAAGAAUUACACCUUAUCUUUGACGCAGAAGCUUCUUCACGUGCAUGGAAUUUUAAGUUUGAUCCGAAUGAACAAUAUUUGCCAAAACUAUCUUUACAUUAUGAAAUAACAUAUUCUAAUUUAUUUCCACUAGGAGUUUAUAAAUUUUCUUAUUCUUUUGGAAUAAUGGAAUCAAGCUUUACAACAAAACCUAAAAUAUUUUCAGAAGAUUCUAAAUAUUUAUUUGGUGAAAUUGCAAAAAAAUUAUUUACGGCAGAAGAUGUCGUUUUAACUGUAAAAGGAGAGUUAAAUGUAAUAGCAAAAACUCCAGUUGGCAACAUUGAAUUGAAAAAUAUUUCAUUUAAUUUUGAUAAAAAUUUCAAAGGAGUAGCUACCAUGACUAAUCUAUCAAAUGUUGAAAUUGAUUUUAAUGGUAAUGUCGAAUUUGAUCUAAUAUCUGAUCAAAAUAUUAAUAUUGCAAAAAUGACAAUAGAGAACUUUAAAUUAAAACGUGGAAAUGAAGAUAUGAAUGUCAAAAUAAACUAUUUACCAGACAAUGAUCAUGGAUACAAACUUAUAGAGAAUUAUUUGAAUAGAAGAUCUAAGUUUAAAACUUUGCUUCCAGGAAUAAAAGCUCUAUUGAUUGAUGAAAUAGAGGUUUCUUUACGUACUAAAGAUUCAUUUAUGCUUCAUAACCCACUUAAAACUAAAUUAUAUUUAUUUGGUUUUAAUUCUAAAGUGAUCAAUAUGUUUAAUAAACAAAUCGCAACUGGCAUAACAGAGCCUAGUGUUGAUGGAAUUGUUAUUGAAUCAGGACUAAGUAGAAAAAUUCGAAUAGAAAACACGAAUAUGGAUGUAGGGAAUGCAAUUAGAAAUAUUAAAGAUUGUGUUAAUGGCGUUAAAGAAAGUAUAGAAUGCGUUCUAAUGUUUGGUAUUGGUGAAAAUCAAGAUAAUCUUUUUAGAAUUAAUUUGAAUUAUGCACAACAAGACAUUAACGUUAUUUGGGAUCUUGGAUUUUUUAAGUUUUAA